AUGACUAUUAUGGCUGCUCUAAGUUCUCUGGGAGGUGGGUCGCUCACCUCACUCACCAGUGCCAGGAUUGGAGGUGGAAUUGGUGGAGGAGCUGGUCAAGGUGCUAAUAGUGCUGCCUGUUUCUGUGGAGGUGGUGGCGGUGGUGGCGGUCAUUGGGUCAGACCACCAAUUGUUCACACUCCAUUCCCAUCUGGAGGUUGUGGAGGUGGCGGCGGUGGUUUGAACCUGGGAGGUCUUGUCAACGGACUCUUGGGAGGACUCCUAGGAGGUGGAGGUGGUGGAUGUGGAUGCCACUAA